AUGGGUUGCUGCACAUCAAAUGUAUUUCAUGAUGAAGAGAAGGGAUUAGAUGAUCAUUUGUUUCCCUAUUUCGACUAUGAUGAACAACCUGAAGAUGAGUACAAACAACUGGACACAGAAAAUGACCAGAAGGGUGAUACUGCCGUCGAGCACAUAUUUAAAAAAACGAAGACAGUGUACGGUCAACCACCAAAAGAUAUGAUAAACUAUCAAAUUGAUUGGGCAGACGAGUAUCAAAUUGAAUUCAAAAAUCGACCUUGCCCAUAUGAUUUUCCCGCAUUUGAAGGUGAUAAACCACCUGAUUAUGAUGAAAAGGUUACUGAAUAUAUUAUAAAACGAGAAAUGUCGAAUGUGGAUAAAGCAACGGCAAAGAGUCCUGCAGAAGGAGGAAUUAAAAAAACUACAGCCAAGGUCGGAGGUGAGAAAGAUAGACGAAAGAAAAGUAGCGGGAAGAAAGACAGCCGUAAGAAAGCAAAGAAUAAACGCUCCAUUAACGAUAUGGAUCAGUGCAGUAUCAGCGACAAAUGA